AUGUCUUACAAUCCAUAUUCUUACGGUGAUAACACCGGUAAUAUAAAUGACCGAUUUGUUCACAAUGAACAUAUGCAAGGCGUUACUUCACCAUUUCAACAACCAAAUAUUCAAUCACAAGUCCCACCACAACAAGCACAACAGGCAUAUAUGAACCAGCAACAAUCACAGCAACAAGGUCCUCAAAUGAAUCCAGUCAUGGGCGCAUUCCAAGACCCUGGAGCUUCCAUGGCUUAUCAACUAGGUCAAACAGCUUUUUCUAAUUUCAUUGGUAGGGAUAAUUUCUCACAAUUCCAAGAUACGAUGUCUAAGGCUGCUGGUAAUGCAGCUUCUUUAUCUCACUAUUUUCAAGUCACCACAUCAUACGUUAUGCAAAAAGUUAGAUUAAUUUUAUUCCCAUUCAUCAGCAAGAAUAAUUGGCAACGUAUUCCAGAUUCACAAGUUAAUAGUGCCGGAACUUUAACAUUUUUACCACCAAGAGAUGAUGUCAAUUCACCAGAUAUGUACAUUCCAAUUAUGGGUUUAGUGACAUACAUUUUGGUUUGGAAUACUCAAAGAGGUUUACAAGGUUCAUUUAAUCCAGAAAAUUUAUAUUAUAAAUUAUCCUCUACUUUGGCGUUUGUCUGUCUGGAUUUAAUUAUUUUAAAACUAGGCCUAUACCUUUUAGUUAAUACCAACUCUCCCACUACAAUUUUAACCGAAUUGAUCUGUUAUGUGGGUUAUAAAUUUGUUCCAUUGACAUUAGUAUUAUUCUUACCAAAGUCUCCCUUCUAUUUAACAAUUAUAUUAAAAGUUUAUCUGUUUAUUGCAUUUGGUGUAUUUUUAUUAAGAUCUGUGAAAUUUAAUUUAUUUAAUACACCAGGUGAUGAUCUAGCAAGUGUUAAGAAAUCGACUGUCAAAAAAUGCAAUUAUUUCUUAUUUGUAUAUGGAUUUUUCUGGCAAAGUGUAUUAAUGUGGCUAAUUUCUUGA